AUGUCAAAUACUGAACAUUGGGUUGUUGUUAAGCAUGACAGAAAAUUCAUAACCUUUACUGUGUACCGAGAACUUAGAGGCACCAAGGAACAAAUGGAUUGGAUAAAAAUAUUGUGUAGAAAUAAUGCUAGACCUAGAGCGAAGUUUACUCUAUGGAUGAUGCUGAAUGGAAAGCUCCCCACUAAAGAGAGAUUGAUGAAAUUCAGACUGAUUAAUAGUAGCAUUUGUUGUUUCUGUGAUAAUUAUGAGUCUGUAGACCAUCUUUUCUUUGCCUAUGCACGUUUUAACAAUAUUUGGAGAGGAAUUCUUUUGCCGAUGGGCAUUAGAAGGAAUCCGGAGAAUUGGCACGAAGAGAAAACUUGGUUGAUUAGAGAAACCAAGAAAAGGGGUGGGAAGAAAAAGAUCCUGAGAGUUGCUAUAGAGGAGACAGUCUAUGAGCUUUGGAGAAGUAGGAAUGAUAAGUUUUUUUUCCCAAAAGGAUAUAAAUCCUUACUUGAUAGAUAA